AUGAAAGGGAUAGAUAGAUGCACCAAGAGCUCGUAUGGAACUAAUUCAUCUAUUUUAUUUGUCAUCCAUGGUAGUCACUACUUGAGUCAAUUGUUAUCUGUGGAUCAAGGAAUUGUACUUGACGCAUCGUGGGACGCUUUUAUUCGCGCUGUACAAUUUAUUUUUCAUAUUUGUUUUCUCGUAAUUUACAGAGCAAUGUCGGGAAUUGCAAGUGCACGUCUAGCCGAAGAGAGAAAAGCUUGGCGGAAGGACCAUCCCUUUGGAUUCGUUGCCAGACCUAUGAAAAACCCAGAUGGUUCAUUAAAUCUGAUGACUUGGGAAUGUGCAAUUCCUGGCAAAAAAGGGACACCAUGGGAAGGUGGUCUUUACAAAUUGAGAAUGAUCUUCAAAGAUGACUAUCCAUCAAGUCCACCAAAAUGCAAAUUUGAACCACCAUUGUUCCACCCCAAUGUGUAUCCUUCUGGCACAGUAUGCUUAUCACUCCUUGAUGAAGAAAAGGACUGGCGUCCAGCAAUCACUAUUAAACAAAUCCUCCUCGGCAUUCAAGAUCUCCUUAAUGAACCUAAUGUCAAGGAUCCUGCUCAGGCUGAGGCUUAUACAAUUUAUUGUCAAAAUCGAUUAGAAUAUGACAAGAGAGUAAGGGCGCAGGCACGUGCUAUGGCUGCAACAGAG